AUGUACCUUGCUUUGAACAAUCUUUAUGGUCCCAUUCCUAGUGAGUUGGGGAAUUUAAAACACCUCACCAAUUUGGAAUUGUCCGUUAAUCAGCUUAGUGGUUCAAUCCCAAUUACUCUAGGUGGCUUACCCGAGCUCAAGAUAUUGUACCUUUAUUCUAAUCAACUUUUUGGUCCUAUUCCUAGUGAGUUGGAGAAUCUGAAAAACCUCAUUGAUUUGGAAUUGUCCGCUAAUCAGCUUAGUGGUUCAAUUCCAAUUACUCUAGCGAGAAAUAGAAUUGGAGGUAGCAUACCACCAGAGAUUGGAAAUGUCAAAGGGCUUCUAGGACUUGAUCUUUCAUCAAAUCAUUUGAUCGGGCAGAUUCCAAAGGAAUUUGGAAAAUUAACCUCUCCGAUUAGGCUUUUGGUGCAAAACAACAGUAUUUCAGGCAAUAUACCUGGCAAAUUUGUAUCACUGGCAAAAUUAGAGUCCCUUGAUCUAUCUGAUAACAGAUUGAAUGGAUCGAUCCCAACAUGUAUAGGAGAUUUCGUGCACUUGUUUCAGUUGAACCUGAGCAAUAACAAAUUUGGCCAAAACAUUCCAAAGGAGAUAGGGAGGAUGACUCAGCUUGAUGUACUUGAUUUGAGUUAUAAUGUUGAGCUGCAAAGUCUAACUGCAAUGGAGAGUUCAUCAACGGCAAAUAACUCGACCUCAAAUGCGGAUGGAUUUUCUCAUGCAAACUAUCAGGAAAUGAAUUCUAAUGAUCCUCUGUAUGCACAUCCUUCUGAUACUCCAGGUUUAGCCCUAGUUCCUCAAUUGUUGAUGGGAACAGAGAAUUACUCUGAGUGGAGCAAUGCAUCUCUCCUUGUUGGUGAAGAACAAAAUCGGUUUCGUUGA